AAUGUACAUAUGUUGUAAAUGGCAAUACUAUUCAUUCACUACUGCAAAAUAUAAGUGAAAAGAUUUUUUUAUUAAUUUUCUGUUUUAGUUUUAACGUAAAAGAUAUUUUGCACUUUUAUAAAAUUUAUUUUAAAUAAGUGAUGCAAUGGAGCUUUCUUCUGACCCAUAUGAAUUAAAAUUAUAUCAAAUGUUUCAAAGUUGUGACAAAGAGCAAUGUGGUUUACUAGAUGAAGAAUCAUUGCGUCGUUUGUGUGGCCUCCUGGAGCUUCAGGACAAAGGAGCAGUGCUUAUUGCUGAUUUAUCUGGCAAUGGUCGUGUGUCUUUUGAUUGUUUCAAAGAAGCACUAUUAAACUUUCUCGGUGCAGAACUCGAGUUGGAUACAAAAGAACAAUACAAGAAAGGUGACACAUACAAGCGCAGUAGCGAUGUGAUCUCAGCGGCGACGAUCAUCAAUAGUAGUAAUAGUAACAGUAACUGUUUGGCAGAUACUAAAGAGCGAACUCUAGUCAUAUGUGACACGAAUGAAGGAACUAAACCUGUGGAAAGCGACCAUGCGGUAUCCGAUCGAGAAGUUUCACCGAAACUUGUGAUGGGCUCAAAAAAGUAUGGUCGACGCUCGCGACCUACAGGGCAUAAAACAAAGAAUAUAUCGCUGACAGAUUCUGACGAUGAUAUUGAGAGUAACGAUCACAGAUCAUGCGAAAUAAAUGUACACAAUUGUCUAUCAUCGGUGCAACGUUCAUCUUCACAAACUGACAUUCCUAAUAAAGGGAGACGCCGCCCGCCCACAACAAAUGGUGGUGGCAAACUAAAGCGCUGCUCCUCUUUGCCCACGCAACGAAGCAUGCAGCAUAAGAUCAAUUCUAAAUCCUUAAGCUCGAGUAUUCAAAAAGCAGAUCUUUGGGACAAGCGUCAACCGAGACAAGUGCUAUCGAGCAGCAUGGAAUCGUUGGAAUCGCCACCAUUGACGGAACCUGAAACAUUGCCUGUGCACAGAAUACUAGAUAUAUUCGAGGGGGCGGAAAUUGCGAAUGGCAGGGGUAUACUACUAGCUCUCGGCUUCGAUGACGACGAGGUUAAUGUGGCGCAAUUGAACAAGGUCUUGGAAGAGGAGUUACGUGGUUUAGAUGAUGACACACAGCUGGCGCUAGUACGUGCCUACAUGGCUUUGCAGGCGUCGGAAAUGACAGCGCUACGUCAGAACGUACGCCAGUUGCAUGACGAGAACAAAAAGCUACAUUCUAGUAAUAAGGACGCAAAUCAACGAUUGGCGCUAUUGGCAGCUGAAAUUGACGAGCGACAUGCAUCCUUGGAGGAUACCUCAAAAAAAGAGCAGGUACGAUUGCUUGAACAACGGCAUGCUACACUGGUGCGAGAAUUGUCGACGCGCAUGGCAAAUGAUCGUGAAAAUUGGAGCAGUUUCACGACGCGUCUAGAAGCGCGCAUCAAACAGCUGGAGCAAGAGGAAAUCAGAAACAAAACCGAAUUGGAGUUGGUACGAAAGGAAAAUUGUGAAUUAGAAAGUGAGCACCAGAAGAUGCAAAAGCAAAUUACAGAGUUACUUGAGAAGAAUGUGCAACUAAAUCUACAAUUGGCAGAUUUAGAUAGGGACACUAGUACGGAUGUUCGAGAGAACCGCAAUGACAAGCGUGUGGAUGAAGAUGAAGAAGUCGCACGGCUAGUAGAAAAGGUAUCCGAAUUGCAAGUAGAUAAUAAAAACUUAAGAGAUAAGACUGAUGAAUUAGUAGCCGAAAUAGAAAGCUUGAAUUUGGAACUAUUGCGAACAAAAUCGAAGAACAAAAAAUCUAUAAGCAACACAAAUUCAUCUACAACGUUAGAUGUUGGCAGUGUGGCUUUGGAUGAUGCAGAACAAGCAGCCAAUCUAACUGCUACGAAGCGACGCGGUGACUCACCAAGUAAAACACAUAUCACAGAAGAAAGUCCACGUUUGGGUAAAUUACGGAAAUGCACCGAUACGGCCGGCAGUGAGGCAAGUGACACCAGCGGCGAGUGGAUGGCACUCAACUCAGAGUUGCGCGAAUCGGAAACACACGCAAAUAGUGCGACAGAUAAUGUGAAAGAUUACCUGGAGCAGAUUUCCACACUCAAGCAGAAAAUAGCGGAGCUUGAGGCACAGCAGAAAACACCGGCUCCAUCCAGUGAGGGUAUAUCAACCGAUGAGCGCUGUAAAGAGUUAGAAGCCAGUUUAGAACAAAUGCAACGUGCUUAUGAAGACUGCGAAGAUUAUUGGCAAUCGAAAUUGGCCGAAGAACGGCAAUUAUUCGAGAAGGAACGUCAAAUCUAUGAAGAAGAGCAACAGGAGAGUGAUAAAAAAUUCACCGAAUUAAUGGAAAAGGUGCGUGAAUAUGAGGAACAAUUCAGUCGCGACGGUAGACUAUCACCCAUUGAAGAAAAGGAUGCGCUGGAGCAGCAAUAUGCCGAUUUGGAGGCCGAAGCGAAUGAUUUACGCGAAACGGCAAGAAAAAUGUUCGACGAAAAAUGCAACGAAAUCGAGAACUUACAACGAGAAAUCGAAGAUUUGCGCACUAGACUGGGCGAGAGUGUCGAAAUCCUAACCGGCGCUUGCGAAUUAAACAACGAAGCUAUGGCAGUGAGUGCUUUACAUAUUAAUCCCGAUAAACAGAGUCCGGCCAGUUCGCCGAUUAGUUAUUUGUGGCAUCAGAGUACCAUACAAGAGCCAGCUAAAAGUUAUAAUACCGUUUUUCCACCAUCACCCGAGUCGCCAACGCGUCAAGCAAAUCGCAACAAUCUAACCACAUCGGAGACCACCAUAUUYAGCACCACACCCGUUGACACUAUUGCACCCAUACAAAAGCCCCCCGGAUCCAAUUCCAAGCAGUCUGAGUCGGAAACGGAUGAGGUCUCYUCGACAGCCUCGGGCAAAAGCUCGGAAAGUCACAGUCCGGCAUCCACGCAUAGCGCACGUCAGUCACAGCAACAACAAUUGAAGAAAUCACCUAGCACGGAGAAUAGCAUAUCUAGUCUCGGCAUGAAGGAGGAGCUAAAGCGUUUGAAGUUCUUUGAGAUAUCGUUACGCGAGCAAGUCAAGAAUUUGUCGCUACAAAGGGAUGGCUUGGUUAUGGAACUGCAGCAGCUGCAAGAAGCGCGCCCAGUGCUAGAGAAGGCAUAUGCUCGCACACCACAUCCGAGCGUUAUACAGCGUGUAAACCAGUUGGAGCUGCGUAAUCGUCACUUGCAAAACGCUAUCAAGCAGCAACAGCAACAAACAGAAUCCUUGAUGCAACGCUCGUGGCAGCAGCACCAAAUGGAGCUGGCCGAUCUGCACAACCGCAUCGAGACACAAGGCUCCAUGCUGGCCGAACAGGUGCAGCGCUUGCAGAACGCCGAUAUGCUUGUUAAAGAUUUGUACGUGGAGAAUGCACAUUUGGCCGCGACCGUGCAACGGUUGGAGCAGCAUCGUGCGCGCAUGAACAUGAUGCAUCAACAGCGUCAGGGUCUAAAUGGUUUGCCGGGAAUGCCUUAAAUAUAUUACAUUAACAUAUUACCCAAAGAAGUGGAUAUAUUGCGUUAAAGAAAGUGUUUAUUUUUUUUUGUUGUUUUACGACUAGUUAAUAUUAAAUGUAAAUGUAAGCAAGCCUUAAAUGUCCACGUUUCAAUGAUGUUAUAACACAAACGGAUCCAAUGUCGCA